CAAUGGUUCUACUCUUCGCCCUCCAGCGCAUCUCGCUAGGCAUAGCAACCUCUCUGAUCAACGCAGUUGUGAAUAUAGGCAUCAUUCUCUGGGAUCUCGGUCUUUUCAUCUAUAAUCUCCUCAUACCUCUUCGUGCAGUCGGAAAGGUGACACCGAUGGGACAUCCAGGAGCCGGAGGGAAAUGGCCGGAAUACAUUCCACCGAAGGAGGGGGAUAGUCGAUGCUCGUGCCCGGCGCUUAAUGCCUUGGCUAACCACGGGAUCCUCCCACGCAAUGGGCGCAAUAUUCCCAUCCGUGCGCUCACGCCUGCUAUCCGGUCAACUUACAAUUUCGCGCCUUCAUUUUGCGUAUUUGUCCCUCGCUAUAUCGGGCAGAUCCUAGGCCGAAGUUACUUGAACGACACACUGGAUUUGGAAGAUAUCGAUGUGCAUAAUGGCAUUGAACAUGAUGCUUCUCUUACUCGCGAAGACGCACGCGUCUCACCCGACCAAUCCCGACCAUCCAUCCCGCUCGUAGAGCAGCUCCUCGCAUCUGCCUCGGGUCCACUGCUUUCCAACCGCACAGGGGACUCCAGUGUGACGCCGACGCUCACUGUCUCAGACCUUGCGCGGCUGACGUCUAAACGUCGAGCCGAGGCGAAGAAACAGAAUGGCCAGUUCUCGCUCAGCACGUCCCACAAGAUGUUCGGCAGCUCUAACUCAGGGACGCUUCUCACAAUAUUCGGAGGACGUGUAGAUGAUCUGCGCACAGUGCUUCUAGAGGAGCGUCUCCCCGACGGGUGGGAGUCCCGCGUACGAGAACCGAUGGGACUCACGAUCGCUGUCUUCAACAAAACUGUGCUUGGGAUUGAAAUGGGCGUUGAGGAAGAGAUCAGGGAUGGGCUGAAGAGUGUUCUGUGA